GGAUCGGUCGUGCCACCGCGUGAACACCGGUUCAUGCACUGCUCGCUCGGUGGCGCGCUUCAAGUCACUUGGUCGGAUGAGAGUUCCAACAGCGUCGUAACCAUGAGCUGAAGUCAAACCGUCGGGUUGUGUGCGUUGCGUUUUGGCCACGGCCUUCCCAUUUGGUGCCGGCGUGACGGGUCAUGCGGGCACUCGCUCUGCGACCAUGGGCCAAGCCCAUUUGGCCCAACCCUGCCGUCAGCCAGCCAGCGCGCGGGGGCUCGUUUAAUUUACCCAUGGCCACUCGGUGGCUGUCAAACCAACGGUCCCAACUUGGCAGUCAGAUCAAGCGACAGCUGCAAAAUAAUCUGAACCAAUCCCCGCAAAGCCAGGACGGCUUGCUCAAGCGGUUGCGUUCUGCCCUCCUGACCCCCAUUUUCGCACGCUCUCAUCUUCGGUGUCGCAAGUGCCAGACUGUGCUCAGCGAUACCUCGGGGUUUAGUUUUGUACGCCAUCAAGAUCAUACAGGCCACAACCUGGGCAUCGUUCUGGCUGGGCCCCGCGCUCUGCCGGCGCGCACGGUCAAGCAGCAUGAUUUUGCGCUUAGCGAUCCCUCCCAGUGGUCCAGACGCAAGGGUGCACCUGCCCUUGUGUGCCGGCAAUGUCGUUCUACUCUUGGUCGCUUAGCACCCCUUGCUGGCACCUAUGCAGGCCCGGAAAGCCUGCGCAGCCUCCUCACAGCCCGUCAAGUGGCUAUUGUAACCACCUCUCUUAUAUCGGGUAAUUCUCACGUGCUGAGCACGGAUAAAUGGAGCCAAUUGUCGGCUGCUGAAAUGUACCUGACCACUAUUCCAGUUCAACAGCUGCGCAUGCACAACAACGAGUCUUCCUUUAGCGUUGAGGCCCAGGAAUUUUCCAAUGAAACUACCGACCAGGGCACCUUUCGCUGGCACUUUGUUCUGCCCCAAGCUGACGCAAAAAGCGAGUUGCCCACCGACAAAGAACUUGGCUUUUUCAGCCAGGUUCACGAAGAAGGCGCUACCAACCCGUCUGGCAACAACACCUUCAUAUCCCAAGAUGCCACGCCCCAGCUUUCGUUCAAGCAUGCACCCCAAGUGGCCGAGGAGUUGGACGAAGGCUCAGACCCCACCACCAUGCAUCUUAGCCCAGCCACUUGGUCACCGCUGCGAGCCCUUGUCCUAUUCUCGUGGGAUCGUGUUCGAGCUUCUCUGGAAGCAAACGCUUCCAACCUUUUGGCCAUGCUGGGCGGGCUGUCCCUGCUGCGGAAUCACGCAGGGGUGCAAUGCUCAUUGCUUCGUCACGCAGACUGGCAUCCAGACUUGGGUGUAGAGCGGGGCAUGGUUGCUCUUGAGCGCCUAGCCGAGAAAGACAGGCUUCCCCCGGCCGCUGACUUGGCCAAGCUAAUCAGAGAAAUCGCGUUGCUGCAGCAACCAAUGCGAUUUGAAAUUGACACGCCCAGCCUUUUGCAAUCCUUGUAUCCGCUGGUAGCCAAGUACUCCCCUGCUGACCAGCGGCAACAUUUUCAUCCCCUCUCGGGUGACAUUGUGGCUUGCAUGCGGCAUGCGGACAUUGGCAUCCGCGCUGCAGCCGAAGCCAUGGUGGCUGCUGGCUUUGGUUUCAACCGACGCGGCUGGCAUCGCCUGUGCAUUGGUCUGGCGGAUGAACAGGACAUUGAGGCUCUGAUUGAAGUGGCAGGCCUUUUUGAAAUCGACAUCGGGAUGUCCCGGCUUCCAGUUCUGUCAUCGGCACUGCAACGCGAGGUGUCACACGCACGGCCCUUCUCAUUGCGGGCCCGACUCGAUGCCAACAUGGACAAGGUUGUGACGCUGCUUUGUGCACAAGGCGCUCGCCUGAAAGGAGCAGAAUCCCGCGACUCGUAUCGGCGUUGCCUCUUGUUGAUCGAGGCAGCCAAAAAUACCACUGGCUUUGACAUUCAAACCCGACUCAACGAUUCGCAAGAUGCACUCGUCCUGUUCGCCAAGAGUGGAUCUGAGCAGCAACUCCUCAAGGUGCUCUCGGAAUAUGAAGCUACGAGCAACCCACUACGCUUUGAGGUUCUUCGUACCAUCAUGAGUGCUUGCGUCUUUUAUCAAGAUCACCGAGAGCUGGUGUUGGCCGGCUUGAACUUCUUUGACAAGUUUGGCUUGGCGAGCAUUCGGCACCAGUCACGCUUUGAUGACACCCAAAGCAAUCAGCUUCUGACGCUGGCCCUGCGCAUGUCCUCCAUCGUACACGACCUUUCUCGAGCGCAUAGUUACAUUCCGCUGGUGCGCAAUGAUGAUCCGGUGGUGCAUUUGCAUUAUUUGGAUGUGCUGAGCCGCACGGGCAAGGUGCAAACAAUGCUGCACCACUACCGCCAACACUUGCAAAAGCACACGAGCGCGUCGGUCACGACGACCGCAUUCUCUAUUUUGAUUGGCGGACAUGCAGCUCGUGGGCACAUUGUGGACGCCGUGUACCUCUGGUACAUGAGCUUGUCACAUCGUGUUGCGCCAGAUACAAUGGGCUUUCGCAUGCUCUUGGCCAACCUUGAUCCCAUGAAGCGAGCUGACCAUGCCCUCCUGGGUAUGGCCUUGUGGCGCGAUGCCUGCCAACACGGCGGGUUUCAAUUCCAAACUGCCAAAGUGCGCGAGGGUCUACUUGAUUUGCACCUGCUUUCCAUGCCCGUGGCUCGGAUGGCGGUUCUUGCCUUUAUGGAAGAUCUCAAGUUAGCCUUAUACCGCUAUUCGCACUUUCGUGCGGGGCAACCCAAACCCGCCUUGCUUGAAGAGGACUGGCACUCAAUCCGAAUUAUCCCGGAUCAGCAUGUCAACGGUCCUCUGUUUCAAAAGUACACUCGUCUGCAGCCUGAUGCCCAGCCGCUGGGUCUUGCUCUGGCUUCGCAAAUAUAUCGCCGCAAGCCUCAGCUAGGGUUGACAAACCUCUUCAAAGACGAAGAUUUAACAUCUCUAGCCCAGCGCCCAACACGGGCUUGGAACGUGCCUGGCAGCAGCGCGGCCUUUGAUGGUGUGUGGCGUCCCUCAAUGCUAACCCCGCCGGGGAUCUAUUCCCAAGUGGUCAUUGUGACGGGCAAAGGCCUGAACUCGGCCGGCGCCCCCGUCAUUCGCCCCAUGGUCCAGGACCUUUUGACGCGGCGCAUUUUUCCCGUUUUUCAGCGUGAGAUCCAACGUAGCUCACAGGGCGCUGUAAUGCUCUCCCCUGCCAUGAUCGAGGAUUGGCUGGCACGCACUACGAAGGAUGGCAGCUUCGCCAAUCUGUCUAUUGCCAUGCCGCAAACCCAAAGGUUCAGCCAACGACAGCCAAGUACCGAGUCAACCAUCAUUGAGGGCGAGGAGGACGACCUCGAUGAUAUGGAGAGUGAAGGCAAUUCAGCAUCGGACGAUGAAAUGGAAUCCGAUGCUUUCUUCGACCUUGAGGGUAACGAGCUCAUUACCCCAGCCUUUAAGCCACCAACUCCCAUAGGCGUGGGAAAGGAUCCGCUCCUUGAGCUCAAGCGCGAGACCGCGGCCAGUGCUCACUCCCGCAGCCAGCCGACAGAGGGCUCGACGCACACUGCCGUGCAGCAGGAGGGUGCCGUCCGCUCAGAGAGGACGACGCGUCGUCAACGCACCCCAUCUUCAAAAGCCUCCACGACAUCAGGCACGACAGCCAAGACUUUGGGUCUGCCAAGCAACAAGCCAUCUCGAAGCGCACCCUCCAUCCAGUCCUCGGAAGUGGCAGAGCAGCGCUCCAAGGCGAACCACAAAACGCGGGCCCGUUCUGGCAAGCACCACAAGUCCUGAACCGUUGCAUCCUACCGACUUUUGUUUACAAUCUUGAAAGUGUUUAUGCUCGCAUCUCAAUGAGAUGAUGAGCUCUGAAAGACAAUCUAACUAUCGAUUC